UUAUGUUGGGUCAGCUGUGUGGCACGUUAGUAUUCUGCCAAUCAUACAAUACUUCCGGCCUGUGCGUUCCACCUUACUUCCGGAUUAUGCGUUCCACACGCUUGAAGGGUGUUUUAAUUUUUUCUGCAACCUCCCAGUGUCCGGGAAGAUCAGGAUUACACUGUAAUGUGAGUGUGAGACACGCAGCAGCCGUCCCUUGUGUCAGGAGGACUGAGCAGGACCCAGAGCCCCAUCACGGUGCCUCCACCUCAAUGACCAGAAGAUCCUGGAACUCCUCUACAAGAUCAUUCAGCUACUGACUGGAGAGGAGUGGGUGUAUAUAGAGGAACACAGGAGUCUGUACAAGGACGUGAUGAUGGAGAAUCACCGGCCCCUCACAUCACUGGAUGGGGCCAGUAACAGUAACAAUACCCCAGAGAGAUGUCCCCAUCCUCUUUAUUCAGAGUAUUGUACAGAGGAGAAUAACAGGAUGCCACAGAAGGAUCCGGGUGAAGAACUGACUGAUAUGAAGGUAGAAAGUAUAGGGGGCGAAGAAGAGACGUAUGUGACUGAUAAUAACGCAGAAGAUAUAGCGGAAGAAGAGCCGUAUGUGACUGAUAUGAAGGUAGAAGAUAUAGAGGGAGAAGAAGAGAUGUAUGUGACUGAUAAUAAGGCAGAAGAUAUAGCGGAAGAAGAGCUGUAUGUGACUGAUAUGAAGGCAGAAGAUAUAGAGGGAGAAGAAGAGAUGUAUGUGACUGAUAUGAAGGUUGAAGAUACAGAGGGAGAAGAAGAGACGUAUGUGACUGAUAUGAAGGCAGAAGAUACAGAGAGAGAAGAAGAGACGUAUGUGACUGAUAUGAAGGUAGAAGAUACAGAGGGGGAAGAAGAGACGUAUGUGACUGAUAUAAAGGUAGAAGAUACAGAGGGGGAAGAAGAGACGUAUGUGACUGAUAUGAAAACAGAAGAUAUAGAGGGAGAAAAAGAGACAUAUGCGACUACUGUUAAGGUAGAAAAUAUAAAGAGAAAGGAAGAGACAUAUGUAAUUGAUAUAAAGGGAGAAGAAGAGAUGUAUUUGAUUGAUAAUAAGGCAGAAGACCUAAAGGAAGAAGAGACGUAUGUGUGGGGUGAUCAGCAGUAUAAGGAGGAAGCAAUCCCUACAGGUUUCAGCACAGUAGAUGAAGAAACAAGCAGAAAUACCUUGGAGGGAGAUCUCAUUGUGUCCUCAUUGUCUUCAGAUUUUAAAAUAGAAGAUAACAUCAGACAAGAUUCUCCAGGAGAAUACCCCAUUACCCUAAAUAUACAUCCAGUACGUCACAGUGCAGAUGUAUCAUCUGGUCCCUACAAUCAUGAAGAAUGUUCUGCAGAUAAUUCAGAUCUUGCUAUACAUAGUACAGCUCAUAAAGAUGUUACAAUAUUAUCUUGUUUUGAAUCUGGUAAAAGUUCUAUAUGUCAUUCAGUUUUUGUUAAACAGAAACCAUUUCCAUGCUCUGAGUGUAAGAAAGGUUUUACCAAGAAAUCAGAUCUUGUUGUACAUCAGAGAUGUCAUACAGGUGAGAAACCAUUUCCAUGCUCUGAGUGUGGGAAAUGUUUUACACAGAAAUCAUGUCUUGUUAGACAUGAGAGAAUUCAUACAGGUGAGAAACCAUUUCCAUGUUCUGAGUGUGGGAAAUAUUUUACACAAAAAUCAGAUCUUGUUAAACAUCAGAGAAGUCACACAGGUGAGAUGCCAUUUCCAUGUUCUGAGUGUUGGAAAUGUUUUAAGAAGAAAUCAGAGCUUGUGAUACAUCAGAGAAGUCACACAGGUGAGAGGCCAUUUCCAUGCCCUGAGUGUGGGAAAUGUUAUACACUUAAAUCAGUCCUUAUUACACAUCAGAGAAGUCACACAGGUGAGAGGCCAUUUCCCUGCUCUGAGUGUGGGAAAUGUUUUACACAGAAAGCACAUCUUGUUAGACACAAGAGAAGUCAUACAGUAGAGAAGCCAUUUACAUGUUCAGAGUGUGGGAAAUGUUUUACACAGAAAUCAUGUCUUGUUAGACAUGAGAGAAUUCAUACAGGUGAGAAACCAUGUCCAUGCUCUGAGUGUGGGAAAUAUUUUACACAAAAAUCAGAUCUUGUUACACAUCAGAGAAGUCACACAGGUGAGAAGCCAUUUCCAUGUUCUGAGUGUGGGAAAUGUUAUACACUUAAAUCAGUCCUUAUUACACAUCAGAGAAGUCACACAGGUGAGUGGCCAUUUCCCUGCUCUGAGUGUGGGACAUGUUUUACACAGAAAGCACAUCUUGUUAGACAUGAGACAAUUCAUACAGUAGAGAAGCCAUUUACAUGUUCAGAGUGUGAGAAAUGUUUUACAAGAAAAUCACAUCUUGUUAAGCAUCAGAAAAGUCACAGGUAAGAAGUUGUUUCCAUGUUCUGAGUGUGGGAAAUAUUUUACACAUAAAUCAGUCAUCAGAGAAUUCACACAAGUGAGAAGUAAUUUCCUGUUCCAAUUUAGAAAAAUGAUUAAAGUCACGUAUUGUUAAACAAUUGUUCACACAGAUUUACCCAGGUGAAAAUAUGUAAAUUGAAGGUGUUUUUUUCUAUAGAACAGAUUUUUUUUUAAGCAUAGUAUUUUUCCUGGCACUGUGUCUCCAUUUUUUUCUCCAUUAUAUAAAUGCUUGAGCUGGUGUUUUAUUGUUCA